GGAUUACAAAUGGUAAAUAGCUACUAAAAAAAAAUAUCUAAUGUUGAAUAAAGCUGUCGGUGCUUUACAGGCAGUAUUGAGUGCAUUCACUGCUUCUUCAAAUGUCACUUAUAACGUUAUCUCUUUGGUGCCCAACAAUCAGACAUUAGGUGUCAUUGUAGAUAACCAGCUAUAUCCUUUAUCCAUGGCAAGAGAGACUUCGAUUAUCUUUUAUACAGGCCAAGCUCCUCGAGCCGAUAAGCAAUAUAAAUAUGCUCAUAUAUCAAAAGAUGGGUAUGAUAUCAUUAAUCAAGAGAAGUUUUCUCGAGACCCAACCAAGGGCUCUUCUUCAACGCUCAACGAGUAUUAUGGCAGAUCUUGGAACUCAAAAAAACUUGAUCAGAUCCCAACAAUAAGGGAACAAUUACCUUUUAUCAAUCGAAUCUCUUCUGAUCUUCAUAUUGAUGGUGAAAUUCCUACUAUCCAUUUCUUUGGAAACCAAUCUGCCAUUGAUCGUAUACAUGUAAAUCAAAGAGAAAGUAUCAAUAUAGAUCUAAAUAUGACAUAUAUCAGUCCUCAUAAAAUCAAGAUUUAUCCUAAAGUUACAUUUGCCAUUUCAGGUCACAGCACUCGCUUCAAUAAUAAGGUGUCUUACAAGUUUAGAGUACCUAAAGAAGAUACUCUAUUCGGAUACCACCAUUUAAAGUUGAGAUCAAUUUCUACAGACAAAACUUAUAUGAGAGACAAUUUGGCGUAUGAUAUUACUGAAUCAAUUGGGCUACCUUCUUCAAAGCAUAGCUAUGUUCGUGUCUAUAUUAACGACCAAGCUGUCGGUUUGUUUGGAUUAGCUGAAAUCUUUAAAAAACAAUGGGUUCGCAAUGAAAUGUCUUUUGGAAAGAAGAAUAAGCAUCUUAAUGCUCUAUAUGUUGCUGAUAUUAAGACAGGGCGCGGAAAGAAUUCCGAUUCGACUUAUCUUGGCAAUAACAUCGAUCUUUAUAGCGCAGGUUACUAUGGAGUCAAAGCAAGUUCAGCUCGUGGCACAGCCAAUUUUUCUCGUAUCAUGGACUUAACCAGAUUUAUAUCUGAACAACUCAACGCCACUAACAUUGAUGAUUCCGUUGUACCUCUUUGGAAGGAAAAAAUAGAUGUCGAUAGUCUCCUGCGCAUGAUUGCCUUAGAGAUUGUUAUAUCAAACUCGGAUGCUUACUUAACUAUGGCUAAUAACUAUAUUUUAUACGACGAUUAUGAAUCUGAUCGUGUUGCAUUUUCCGCUCAAGACUUUGAUUUAACGAUGGGUUCUGCUAUCAAUAAUGCUGGUUUCUCUACUCGUCCUCUUACUUCAAGUCUGAUAAGGGUACCCAAAUUUAAGCAAGACUUGGAGCGGUUGAUUUAUAGAAUGACAAAGGACCUUGUCAAUACAAAAUUAUUGGCACCUCGUAUUGAAUCACUAAGAGAUUUCCUCUUGGAGGAUGUUGUUUGGGAUCAAAAUCUGCCUCGUUUAGGUAAAGGCUUAAGAAGACCUGGCCACAAUAAUGAUAAUGACUCAAAAAUGGAACCUGAAACUGCCUUUUUAGCAGCCAUUCAUGGUCCAACAAACUCAACACGAUCCAUGGCUUUGUUAGAUUGGAUUGAAUUUCGAAGUAACAAUAUCCUGGACUUUUUUGAACGAUUGAAAUAAAACUUUUCAUUUUUUUUGUAUUAUAUUGAAGUUGGCCUCAGAAGGAUCAAUUGGAAAAAAUUUAACUUUUGUAUUGCGCAUUCUGUAUUCGCAACGAACAGCGUGCUC